ACAAUAUGUUGGAGGAUGGGUUAUGGCUCUCCGUCUUGAGGAUGUGCGUGGUAGUAUUUAGGUUUUGAAUAUACUCAAUGUCGCUUGUCGCUUGAGUGAAUGUUAGUAUUGGUAACCGUACUAGUUGGCGUAUGUGACUGUUAACAUCGUUUCAUCAUGUCUCAAUCAAAGACAGAAUUUGUUCUCGGACUCAGCUCGGCCUGCAAGCCCCGGCUUGGGCCAGUAUGAUAUCGCUGAUUUAAACUGCGUGUACUAGUUCUCCGUACAAAGUUUCCCACACCUUCUGACAUACUACGCCAUUAGUACCAGUGCUAGUGAUCACGAAGAACUCUUUCAAACCUGAUCUCUUGCAGCACAUAUGGGCGACGUCGAUGAUGAUCGAAUCUCUACGUUUUCAUACGAUGGAGACGGCCAACCCGAUUCCUUUAGCCUUGCCGAAUUGCAAUCGGUUGUUGAUCUUCAUUUCUUGACAAGCUGCAAGCUGGAGAAACUGGCUGAAGGAGGUUAUCACAAGGUAUAUGAUAUCUUGCGAUCGGAUGGUGCUCCUCUUGAUGCUGUCGUUCGAGUGGCCUCUCCUGCGUUCCCAAAGGACAAGCUUGAAUCGGAGGUUGCGACGUGCAAGAUGAUCGCUGCGUUCACAAAUAUACCUGUUCCACGAAUCCAUGCAUGGAACUCUGACGCAUCGAAUCCUGUUGGAGCGGAAUACAUGAUCUUGGAUAAAAUUAAAGGUACCCCUGCUAGCCAUAGUUGGGGGGAUCUCUCCGAAGAGGUGAAGAAGACCGUGGUGUCGCAGGUUGCACGCUAUUUCUUGGAGAUAUUCUCUCUUCGAUUCGAAAGCGCAGGAUCUCUCUACUUGAGCUCCCUUUCACCUCAAUUCCUCGUCGGUCCAAUAAUCAGCACGCCAUUCUACCGUGCUCUCGAUGGCGUUGUCCGAGUUCCUGACGCGCCCAUCUCAAAAAACGUCGAUCCCAACAGAGGUCCUUUCUCUACCGUAACUGAAUAUCUUUCAAGCAAUCUACGAGCAGAACUCGAUUUUAUCUCCAAUCACCGUUCGGUCGUUCUUUCGGAGCUUCACGAAUGCGACCCUACUGAGUCGGCAGAGAGGCAACUCGAACUCGGGGAGCGUGUUAUGAGAAAGGCUAUUAGUCUAUGCUCUGUUUAUCCCGGUGAUACGUUGGUACCUGCCAAUGUCACCACUCCACGAACACCAUUCUCCUUAAAGUUGGACGACUUCCGUUUAUCAAAUGUCAUGAUCGAUACCGAUUCAGGUCGAGUGACUGGCUUUAUCGACUUUGAAGCAGCUACCAUCGCGCCUGUAUGGGAAUGCGCAGUGAUCCCACGAUGGCUUCAAGAUGCGGAUGACCCAGAAUCCAGUUACGAAGGCGGAACCAGCGAAGAAAGGAAUGUUUUGCGUGCUGCUUUUCUUUCAGCAAUGGAAGGGUCUGCCCUAUAUCCAGAGUGGAGAGAGGCGUAUGACAUGGGUCGUCCUUUCCGUCGGCUUACAGACCUGUUGUGCUUCCAGGUCAGCGUUUGGGCUUCUAAUGACCGUGAGAUCUGGGUGGACGAACGUCUCCAAUGGGCUGAAACUCACCCCGGGAUUGGGUUGCCCGAACAGACUUGAACUACAAAUUGACACCUCAAUCUGAAUACUUCUUGAGCUCGACCAUUGACAAUACUAGAGCUGCAGAUGUGCUGUUUCUGGCAUCAAGGAGACAAGAUCGCAAGAGUCGACAAGCACAAAGAACAAUAUAUCAAAUGACGCACACUAUUCUGCGGACACAUCACAUAUACAUGUCAAUUUAUGGACGAGUCAGAUACUAUCAGGUAAUCCUG